UGAAGAAGCAUGGCUUUCAAAAAUAGUACAGACCACAAAGUACAAAACGAAGGAACAUGUUGGAGAAUGCCCAGAGCUUUAUAAAAUUGGUAUGAAUUUCGGUGACGAAAAUUGUGAUUUCAAAGAUCAUGUUGCACAACAUGAAGAGGGCCUUGUAUUUGCUUGA